AUGUCGACUCCUAACGCCCUCCUCCUCCUCGCCGACCACAUCAAGCUGUCGCUGCUUGAGCAAAAGCGCGCAAAGAACCUCCACCUCCGCCGCGACUCCCAAGAUGGCCACAUCUCCCGCUCGCUCGACCAGUUCCGCGAGGGCCUAGAGUCGAUCGAGAAGGAACAAUUGCGCCUCGAAGAAGCCGGCGAGGACUCAAAAGCCUCCGCCCUCAACGACACCCUCAAGUCCCUCCGCAAACAAUACACCGACCUCACCUCCCAAUUCACCGGCCACGCCUCCCCCACCUCCUCCUCCACCCUCACCCACCCUAACGACCCCUCUCUCGCCGCCGACUUUGCCCACGCCCAGUCCGGGCCCGACGACCAACCCCCGUCCCCCCCACCCGCCUCCACCAAACCAUACCCCACCACCAAAAAAGCCGUCCGCUUCUCCUCCCCCGCCACCGACCUCGAAUCCCAAUCCCAAUCCCAGCCCUACCGCGACGACCCAUCCCCCGCUACCGGCGGCCGAGGCGGCAGCGCCUACAUCGACGACGACACAGCCGGCUACCGGGACCACAUAACCGCCUCCUCCCUCUCCAACACGCAAAUCCACGCCUACCACCAAUCGAUCCUCUCCGAGCAAGACGCGCAACUCGACGCGCUCGGCGCGUCCAUCUCCCGGCAGCGGGAGCUCUCGAUGCGCAUCGGCGACGAACUAGACGAGCACGUCUUGAUGCUGGACGAGAGCGAGCGCGCGGCUACGAGGCAGGCGAAUACAUUGGAACGGGCGAGACGGCAGUUGGGACGGAUUACGAGGGGCGCGGCGGAGAGUGGAGAAGGGAGGCAGUUGGUGGCGAUUGUGGUUUUGAUUGUUGUUUUGGUUUUGUUGAUUGCUGUUUUGAAGUAA